CAGGUGAUCCCUGUGUAUUUGAGCCAGAAUUAUGGGAUUGUUUGACAAGCUGGCGGGAUGGCUUGGGCUGAAGAAAAAGGAGGUUCAUGUUUUGUGCCUUGGUUUGGACAAUAGUGGCAAAACAACGAUCAUAAAUAAACUUAAACCUUCAAAUGCUCAAAGUCAGGACAUCGUUCCAACAAUAGGAUUCAGUAUAGAGAAAUUCAAGACAUCGAGUUUGUCUUUCACGGUGUUUGAUAUGUCAGGUCAAGGGAGAUACAGAAACCUCUGGGAACAUUACUACAAAGAAGGCCAAGCCAUUAUUUUUGUCAUAGAUAGCAGUGACAAAUUAAGAAUGGUUGUGGCCAAAGAAGAACUUGACACCCUUCUGAAUCAUCCAGAUAUUAAGCACCGUCGAUUGCCUAUUCUCUUCUUUGCUAACAAGAUGGACCUCAGGGACGCCAUAUCAUCUGUGAAAGUAUCUCAGUUAUUGUCAUUAGAAAACAUCAAAGACAAGCCCUGGCAUAUCUGUGCCAGUGAUGCUCUUAAAGGAGAAGGAUUACAAGAAGGUGUGGAUUGGCUCCAAGACCAAAUUACACAAUCAGAUCCAAGCAAUGAAGACAUGAGAGAUAAAUAAAAGAUGUACAGCAUUUUUUUACAAACUUUGUCAGUAGGUGUAAAAGUUCCUUGGAAAGGAAGAGUGAUUUAAAGAAAACGAACUGUUCAGCUAAGAUAUACUGUGUUGAUUUGUUUCCUUUUAGUAUAUCUUCCAGGGAAGUGGAAUGUAGGCAACAUAGCACCUCAGAUAUCCACAUUUAUGAAUUAAAUUGAAUGUUGUGACUGGAGAGCAUAU